UGUCCUGUAUCAUUUUACAUGGGAGAUAACUCUAAUGUUUCAGCCGACCAAACAUUUCAUCACACGAAAGUUAUUUUGCCUCACUGCACCACACCGCCAGUUUAAAGACAUGACAUUCUGUUUGACAGAUUAUGAUGCUUAUGGUUUUGACUUAGAUCACACCCUUGCUAAAUAUAAACUUACAGAACUUUGUCGUCUUGCAUAUGAAGGAGCAUGUGAAGCACUCAUCAAGACAAAAGGUUAUGAUAAAAAACUCAAAGAUGACAUAGCUUUGCAUAAAGAUUUCAUCUGUAAAGGAUUGUUUUUGGAUGCAGAUAAAGGAAACAUUCUUAAACUGUCUCAUGACGGUAAAGUUUUGAGAGCAAGUCAUGGGACAAAAAUGUUAACAAAAGAUGAAUUAAAGAAGACAUAUGGAGCAGAUUUACACUGGGAACAUUUCCAGGAGGCUAAAGAUAAUGUCAAAAGUUCUGAUGGUAAACUUAAAUACAGAUUUUUUGAGAAUUACUUUGAUAUACCUUCUGCUGUAUUGUGUGCCCAUGUAGUAGAUUACAUUGACCAGAAGGAUGGUCCUCAAGAGAAAUAUACUUUUUGGCAAGAUGUCUAUGCCUCUUUAGGACAUAAUUAUAUACCUAAAGCCUUUGCAGAGGAGACUGGUUAUUUUUUCCCUUCACUUAAAAGAAAUCCGGAGAAGUUUUUACAACCUUGUAGUGACGGUGUUAAACAAUGGCUACUGGAGUUAAAAAAGCAGGGAAAAGUUGUCUUCUUAAUGACAUCAUCAGCUCAUGAUUUUGCUACUACAGUUUUGAAGGUUGUUUUAGGAUCAGAUUGGCAACAAUAUUUUGAUAUAUUUUUAUUUAAUGCAAAGAAGCCAGCCUUCUUCACUGAUGGGAAUUCAUUUCUAGGUCUAGAUGGCCAUUUUGAAACUACUCCUGUUACAGAAUUACAAGCCAAAACAUGUUAUUCCAUGGGUAAUCAUCCUGAUCUCAUGAAGUUUAUAUCACAGCAAACACAGAGAGUUAAACCUAAGGUUGUGUAUUUUGGUGAUAGUUUAUGUUCUGACAGUUUCCCUGCCAACAACUAUGCUGGAUGGGAUGUAGUAUUAGUGUUGGAGGAAAUGGAAGCAGAGGGAUAUCACCUAACACCAAAAGAUCUUGAAUGUGAUGAUACAGCAACAGUCAAAAACCAAAAAGAGAUGUAUGAUUUGUUUUUACAGGUUAAUUUAUAUAUUGAUCCAGAAGAAGAGUCCUUCCUAUUAUCUAAGGGAUGGGGCUCAUUUUUCUAUCACGAAGAAGAAGACGUAAAGCAUGAUAAACAUAUGAACACAUUCUGGGGUCGUCUUAUCAGCAAAUAUAAUGCCAUAGCUGUGCCACUUAUAGAAUAUAUAGCAGGAAUGCCUAUUGAUCAUAAGUACAAAAGAUUUAGUGAUGGAGUGGGCAGUACAGAUGGCUUUUCUCCUGCUAAGCCAAAACCUUUGUUAUAAAAGGAAGACAUUAUAAUGACAGAACAUAAUUUAUGAUAGAUUUGGGAUUGAUGAAUUAGGGCUGAAUCUUUGAAGUACAAUAAAUAGAGUAGUAUUUAAAAAAAAAAAUCUCAAUUUUCUGUGUUGCAAAGACAGAAAUCCAAAUGAUCAUAGAUUACUAGUUAUGUUUCAGUUAAAUUUAAUAAGUAAUUUAUAUUGUUUUAUUUAUUUUAAUGAUAUAUACAUGGAAACUUAAAAAUACAUCAUAAUUGGUAUGAGCUAUAAAGGAGCAAGUAGACCAUAGGU